AUGAAGACGUUCAUUACUUUUGUACUUUCUUUGAAUGUCGUGCUGGGCGCGUAUACAGAUAUAAAGUCAAACCACUUAUUUGACGAUGAUGCGAUUGGACUCGGUGAUGGCGAUUUAUAUCUUUUACAAGACAAACAACUCACCAGGAAAGAAGAUAAAGUGAGCAUAAAGUUAUUUUAUGAAUGCCACUGCCCGAGUUGCAUGGAAUUCGAAAGCACAGACUUCAAGGAAACCGUUGAGAAACUCAACGAAUACCUCGAUAUACAAACGUAUCCUUAUGGAAAUGCGAAGACCCACGAGCACGAUGGAAAAACUGACUUCGAAUGCCAACAUGGCCCGAAAGAAUGUUAUGGGAAUAAACUGCACGCCUGCGCGUUGGAAAUAGUCAAGAACCACACUGCAGCAUUGCUCUUCAAUUCUUGCAUGAUGGGCGGAUCACAAAAAGGAUGGGGGUCGGAUGAUAAAGCAGCCGACAAGUGCGCGUCGAACAUGGGAAUCGAUUCCAAGCCAAUAAAAACAUGUGCGAAAGGAAAUAAAGGCUCAGAGCUCCUCAAAUAUUAUGGAGAAGAAAGUAAGAAAGUCGGGUUUCACUACGUUCCAUACGUCCUCCUGAACGGAGCGGAGUAUACCGGAGAGCACUUCUUGCAGGAUGUCUGCGCAAAGUUCUCUUCGCCGCCCCCGCCGUGUCGGGCCUAA